CUCAAACUUCAAGUGGUCUCGAGAGCAGCCAGAGGAGGGAGAGAGACCCAGGGACGGACAGAUGAACAAAGAUUGUCUUCUGUACAGAGGAGCUGUAAACCAGAAGGGCCACAGAGUAAAUAAGAGCACUCUGGAAGUUUACUCUGAACGGAAUUGCCAUUGAUCCCAGAAAACAAUUCCACUUCCUCUCCUGUUGCCGGAGACUGCUUCCCAGCGCAAAAAAAAAAAAAAGAAAAAAGAAAACAGCACCAGGGAUGUGAGAAGAAGGGGGGAGUGGGGAGAGGAAGAGGAGGAGAUGGAGGAGGAGGAAGAGAGAGAAGGGAGGUCCGUGGGGGGAAACACUCUCUCGUGAUGCCCCUGCUUUUCUUCUCGUGCCCCCCUUGUGGACUAACAGCUUGAUGCUGUGACGGCGAACAGAUCAGAUGCCCUAAAACUCAAGAGUCAGCUCCUGUUGAAGUUCCUACGAGACGAAGACGGUCCCAGCGGUUUGAACUGUGGUCAUCAGAUCAUCUCUGCAUCUCUUCACCUGACAUUUGACUUUAAGGAAGACUUCUUCUUCUUCUUCUGCUGCUGCGGCUGCUUCUUCUCCUCCUUUCAAAUAAGGACCCGAAUAAGGAUCAGACGCAUAUUCCCAGACUACAGGGACUUCACCUUUUCACUUUUCACCUUUCACCUCUGCUGCACCCUCCUCCUGCCUUCCUUCCCCGGUGUUUGGGUCUCAGGUGCGCCCUCGGACCGUGAGCUGAGCGAUGGCCGACUGGAGUCUGCUGGGAAAUUUCCUAGAGGAGGUCCAGGAACACUCCACUUCCAUUGGGAAGGUCUGGCUCACCAUACUCUUCAUCUUCCGCAUCCUGGUGCUGGGCACGGCGGCAGAGUCCUCCUGGGGCGACGAGCAGAGCGAUUUCAUCUGUGACACUCAGCAGCCCGGUUGCACGAACGUUUGUUAUGACAGCGCCUUCCCCAUCGCCCACAUCCGCUACUGGGUGCUGCAGAUCGUUUUCGUCUCCACGCCGUCCCUCAUCUACAUGGGCCACGCCUUGCACACGGUGCGCAAGGAGGAGAAGGAGCGGAAGAAGGAGCAGGAGGAGAGGGAGGCGAGAGGGGAAGGCGGAGGGGACCUGGAGGGGGAGAAGGAGUACCUGCAGCAAAAAGAGGGCUCGAAGGGCUCGGCGUCUGACGGACGCGUUCGGCUAAAAGGGGCCCUGCUGCGAACUUACAUCCUGAGCAUCUUGAUACGAACUCUGAUGGAGGUAACGUUCGUGGUGGUGCAGUAUAUGAUCUACGGGGUGUUCCUCAAGGCGAUGUACCUGUGCAAGCAGUUGCCUUGCCCCAACCCCGUCAACUGCUACAUGUCUCGGCCCACAGAGAAGAACGUCUUCAUCAUCUUCAUGAUGGUGGUGGCCGGCGUGUCUCUGCUCCUGUCUCUGUUGGAGCUCUACUAUCUCAGCUGGAAGGGCAUCAGGAGGUGCGUGCGCAACAGGGUGCUGCAGAGGAACAACCACAGGGCCGUGACGGUGGCGGCGACCGCAGCCUUGGAGCGCAACGGCACGCCGCAGCCGUCCAACUCCUGCACGCCGCCCCCCGACUUCAACCAGUGCCUGACGGACCCGGGCUCCAUGAACCCGAUGACCUCCAUGGCCUCUCACCCCUUCAACACCAGGAUGGCCCUGCAGCAGAACUCGGCCAACCUGGCCACCGAGCGGCACCACAGCUGCGACAACCUGGAGGACGAGGAAGACUUCCUGGCGAUGAGAUACAACCAGGCGCCCACGGAGCUGCUCAACGCCUGCACCCCCCUGCACCACAGCUACAUGAAGGAGAAGCGGCGCCUGAGCAAGACCAGCGGGACCAGCAGCCGCGCGCGCCAAGAUGACCUGGCAGUGUAGGUUCACAAAGAGUGGCUCACAGGAAGAAAACUAGGAAGGGCUGUGCUUUGAGAAUUGAAAAGAAAAGAAAAAAAAAAAAGAUCCACUUUAUGAACAUGAGACUGAGGGAUCAGACCGUGACCCCUCUAUAACUAUGCAAAGUCUGGCACUGAGGCCUGACACUUGACUACAGAUGAAUUUAUGCUGAAUGGAUUACGCGUGAGGUUUGUGAGCAGGUUAGGUGGCUUAAAACAAACUGCAAAAGAAAAAAAAAAAAAAAAAACUGCAAAAGAAGGAGACUGAGAACAGGGUAACAGGUGUGAAACCUGAUCGUUGCACAUUUUAUGUUUUACUUAAAAGCCAGAAGCGAAGGAGAAGAUGAGAAUGCACUAUGCAUGGGGAUUGGUGUGAGACAGCUUGGGGAAUGCUUUCUUUAUGAAGUGAAAUGUCACACUUGUCUCUUAACUAUUCAGUUAAUUAAGUCUUGUGACUUUAUACAACCGACAAUGUUUCCCAACUGCAAAACAGUAAGAGUUGCAAUAAAUAAAAUCAGAGACCUGAUAAGAUAAAAAAAUAAAAAAUAAAAAAACUGUGAAGAUUUCUGCACAAAGUGCCUUAUAAUGUGUGGGAAAAUGUUAUUUUUGUUGUUGUUUGUUUGUUUGUUUGAUUUUUGCAGUUGAAGUUUGAAUUAAAGCACGAUAUCCUGAUUGCACUAUACCUGCAGGUCGACAAACACAAAAUGCAACUCAAGAAUAAUUACUUUAAUCUUAAAGCAUGUAAGUAUACUAUAUACACUAGUCCAUUUUCUGAAAUGAUUGAGGAAUGUGGCUUGUUAGGGGAUUUUGUACGUGAAAAAGAAAAGACGAGGUCCUGCUUUGGGUGCUGGUCAUGAGCAGAUUCAGCCACUAGGUGGCAGCGAUGCACUUGUUUUUUUGUUUUUGUUUUUAAGUUUCUCUCCUGGAGUCAUUGUGUAAAUAGUGAAUUCGUUUUCAUGCAGUGUACAUUUCAGUUCAUGUCUUUGAAUGUAUUUCAUUUCGUUUUCAGUGUCCAUGCAAAUGAAUUAUACAAGGUGUUUGUAAUAGAGAUUUCACAAUACAAAUCUAGACAACGCAAGCAUUCAUUUUAAAAAAACACAUGUUCAGCGUACUACACACUCACUGUAAAUGUAUUUGGUUCUUUCUCACAUACCUUUGUGCAAUAAAUGUGAUCACUAACUCAUAACAAAUCAAUAAAUCAUCAACCGUACAGUG